CGAUAUGAGAACCCCCGGGACCCGUUCGGUCAUGCAAUGACCCUCCCAGCGAAUACAUGUCCUUCUUUGACAGACUGUCAGACAUUCUUACCCGCCGGUCCCCCCGUCGACCCGCCCUCUCCCCGCAGAACAGCCCCCAUUCUGUUCCACCAUCAGAUGCGACCUCCGAUCACUUACAGCGGACUGAGACGUCCGGCGCAUGGAAUGCUGGUUCGCCUGUAGACUCUGGUUCCCUUCACACGUCUUUUGAAAAUACUUUCCCCUCGACUUCUGUUUCUAGCAAUGCCGAAGGACUUCGACAUCAUUGCGAACUGCGACCUGUACGUCCACAAUACCGUCAGACCGUUCCUCGACUAGAAUCUGGGAUGCGUCGUCUGUUUGGCGAGACCACACAUGCCAAGCUGCGCCAGCCUUCCGAGGAAAGGCUACUCCCUAGCAGACGGAAAGAUCCCGCUGGAGUUCCAGUAGUGCCAGGACAAGCGCGAAGCAAUAAACCAAAGUCACCUUACGCACCCGUGGAUACGAUUUCGAAAGGUCGAGACAGUGGCCCAGUCCGUGCCCAGGGGAAACGUCGUGCCCGUGAUGACCAGGCAGGAGAUGUCGCAGGAUACCCGAGGUCCGAAAGGCCCAUCAAACGACUCCGUCAGAGGUUCCUAGAAGAGUCACUUCAUGAAAAACCCAGGAACUCCGCCGACAACGAUGUUGCGGAGCACCCCGCACAGGAGGCGCACCGCAUCGCCGAUCACCCGUCACGUAUGUCUCCCACUUUGAGCCAUAAACCCGGGAGGACAAAGAACCAGCGGAAUAACAGACGUGGAGAAGUAAAAGAAUACCGGAACGUCGAGAGAUUCAUCAAACUGCCCCGAGUACAGCCAAGCCCAAAGCGGGCCCCCAAAUCCUAUCCGGGCGCAUCAUCAGAUGAUGAUCGCGAUGAACGCUUUACGGAGAAUGCGGCCAAAGAAAGACGGAGACAUAGUUCUCUUAUAUCGGAGAUGGACUCCAGCUAUAAACCGGAUCGACCCCUCAAACCCGAAAUUCUUGAGAGUGUCGAAAUCAGGAACAUGAAGUUGCCAGUUCUUGCAACGGAAGAGGAUUCAAGCCCAACCCUUCAGCACAAACCUAAUCGGUCGAGGGUAGUAAGAGUUAUCACCGAAUCGACGGAAAGCCCCGAUGAGCUUCAAGGGGCAGUAACGGUGCGGCCGCCGGUUUUAAGUGGAAGCACCAGGAGAGCUGAGCUUGGAGGACAUACAGCCACGACAGGCCUUCCGCCCUCAUCGCGCGAUAUUCAACCGACCGUCUUCGAGUCCUUUCGGAGCAGUAAGAAGGGGAAGCGGAAAAACAAAAAAGCGCAAAAUUCGGAGACUGUAUCAACUCAACAAUCUUUCGGGGCAGCCUUCGUUCGGGUUGGUUCAUCUGAGCACCAUGCACCAUCACCCCACCAGCCUCUGGAGGUUGAUGUCGAUAACGUGAAACAUACUAUCGUGCUGGCUCGCGCAGCGAAUCUGACGACCGCUUUCGAAGUACCUCUUUCCAAGGUAAUAGGGAUCAUCAAGGGAGACUCGUCCAGUCAUAAGGUCAGACUCAGAUUGAAUAUGCCCGGAGUCGAUCGGUGUAUCGACAUAGAUUUCGUGUCAAUGCCGGUAAAAGAAGGGUUUUGUUCUCUUUUCGGCAGCGAAAUCACCAUACAGGAAAAGUCUCGUGAUUGGAUGAACAAAGCAUUCAACAACGCACAAAGGGAAAACAAGCAAUCUCCAAAUGGCACCAAGCGUUCUUCUGAAAACGUCACCGAACAAGUCCCUGACAAGCAAGCCGCUUCCAUUAAAAGGGUGAAGCUCACGGACGCCCUGCGAGAUGAACAUGGAGUUGCUGUUGGGAGGCAGCCGUCGCCCCCGGAAGGGGCGAACCCCUCCAUUUCUGCCGCCAAGCCCGAGACGUCCGAACCUGAAAGGAGCCCAGGUCGCGUGUCGAAGCGCGCCGCUGAACCCAGCGUGGAAAUUCCAGUGAAGAAGUUCGCGCCCAGCAUGUCGACAAGAGCAAUGUCUCGCCGCCCGACUUCCACCACCACUACCGUAGUAUGCGACGACAGCGACGACGAACUUGCAGAGCAACCAUUACCCGAGGCGCAUGCCAAUAAAUGGGAUAAGCCGCUUGUGUAUCCACUCGUUGGAAAGAAGAAGGCCGAAGUGGAUGUGUACGAUCUGGAACGUCUCCGGGAGAAUGAGUUCUUGAACGACAACCUCAUCGGGUUCUACAUCCGAUUUCUCGAGGAGCACCUGGAUCGGACCAAUAAGGAGAUGGCGAAGAAAGUCUAUUUCUUCAAUACGUUCUUCCAUGAUACCUUGAUGAAAGUCCCCAGAGGCAAGCGGGGCAUCAAUUACGAAGGGGUGCAAAAGUGGACGAGGACCGUUGACAUAUUCAGCCACGAUUAUGUUGUGGUGCCUAUUAAUGAGAGUGCGCACUGCCUGCCGGGCAUCGCCGAGGAAAACCCGGCUCCCGGAGAACCGGCUGAAGGCAAGAAGGAGCCCUCGACUCCGCCAGAGAGUCAGGUUCAGGAGGUACCUGAAACGCCCGAGCCUGAGAUAAUACCACAGAAGGAUAAUAGGGACGAAAAGCCCACCGAAUCAGAGCCCGCAAGAGAAGAACUGGCUAGGCAGUCGCUUGCUUCGAUGAGCUUGGUUGAUGAGUCCGUGAAAGACAGGUCUAACGAGAAUUCCGGUGUGGACGAAGAGUGGCCUGAGCUCGAAGAGAGCUCAGUCAGUUCGCCCAGAGGGCUACCUAUCCGUGAGACCCCUGUGAGACCUGAUGCCAAGGACGCCCGUCAAUUGCUUGAGCCAUCUGCAAAGCCUCGCAAGCAAAAGGCCAAGCGGGGGCCCAGGUACGAGGCCUGUCAGCCAAUCAUCAUUACAUUUGACUCGUUGAAUGUGUCUCGCUCUCCAACAAUAUCCUCUCUGCGUGAAUACCUCUGUAGGGAAGCGAAAUCAAAGAAGGGGAUCGAAAUUAACAAAAACUCAAUCAAGGGAAUGAGAGCUCAGGAUAUUCCAUUACAGCCCAAUUAUUCCGACUGUGGGCUGUAUCUUCUGGCGUAUCUGGAAAAGUUUGUUCAAGACCCGGAGGUCUUCGUCAGGAAGAUUCUUCAAAAGCAAAUGGACCAAGUGGAUGACUGGCCUCCGCUGAGGUCGGGCCUACUCCGAUACCGGCUCCGCAAGUUCCUGGAUGCACUUUAUGACGAGCAGGAACAGCUUAAAAGCCAGAAAAUAAGCGACCACGACACCAUGGCGGAUAAGAAGCCAAUAUGCUACCUACUCGGAGGCCCUGUGUCGGCAAAUGAGAAGCGUGGGAAGGCGUCACCCGGGGCGGUGACGUCUCCGGAAAACCGUGUUCUAGAUACUAACCCUGAGAGGUACGCGGAAACCGAUGUGGAAGCCCCGAGCCAGGAAAAUCACAAAGAGACCAAGGUGCCAUCGCCAAUAGUGGACGUUAAAGGGCCACGGCCUCGUGGUGCCGAUACCUCGAAGCAGUCGGCUGAAGGGGACGUUGUCCUGGUUGCAGAUAGUCAACCGGACAUCACUUUGUCUGCCAAUCAUCCCCCAUCAAAGUCACCCCACCGGUCUCCGGAGUUAGGGGUACAACCCCGGGUCGUCAUUGAUAUAAAAGAUGCCGCGGAGGGCCAGGGUCCUGAGGACACCGUGACUGUUGUGCCAGUCCAGACACAGGUCAGAGGGACACCG